ACAACAAUCAUUAACACAGAGAAAGUGGGUCAUGUGACGUAAACAAAGACACGUUGAAGUGACGGAUGUUCAGUGAAAAGCUGUAGAUUUCAGACGUCAAACAAUCGUUGUCUCUCAGGUUUCCUCUUACAAGUCAACAGUCCAGGACAUAAAGAGAAGCUUCAGAUACCUCAUUGUGGUAGUUGUGCCAGUUGGUUGUGACAGUCAACACAAUGCAUGAGUUUCAGAGGGGAAGUUCAGAUGUUGACUGGUGUGAGGCCAACUAUGACAUAACCUCCUUCAUAGCAGAGUUCUUCAACACAAUCAGCAAUGCUCUCUUCAUUGUGGGUCCUCCAUUGUUGAUAUAUCUCUUCAGACAUUAUGCUAGACUGGUGACAUGGGAAGUGAACAUAGUGUGGGGCUUGUUAGUGAUAGUCGGCCUAGGCUCUGCGUACUUCCACGCCACUCUCAGCCUUGUGGGACAACUCCUAGAUGAGAUCGCCAUUUUGUGGGUCUUGAUGGCGGCCUUAGGGAUGUGGUUUCCCAAACGCCUCUUGCCUCUGGUGUUCCAACACAGCCGUAGGAAUUUCAAAGUCGCUCUCAUGUGUUUUACUGCUCUAAGCUCAGGGUUAGCCUGUGUCAUGCCAGAAGUAAAUGCCUUUGUUCUCAUGUUAUUUGGCAUCCCAGCUACUAUGCUAUUAUGCACGGAGCUAUGGAGGACCCAGUGUCGCAGGGUCCGCAGCCUUGGCAUCCGCUGUGGCGUCCUCUGGCUCCUCGCAGUCACAUGCUGGAUCAACGAUCGCGUGUUCUGCGAUGUGUGGUCCUCCCUGCAUUUCCCAUAUCUCCAUUGCGCAUGGCAUAUCCUUAUCUUCAUUGCAUCGUACACCGCUUGUGUGCUGUUUGCGUAUUUCGAUGUCGUUGAAGAAAUCCCAGAACAGAUGCCUGUACUUAAGUACUGGCCUAAAAAUCACUGGGAUUUCUGGGGAGUGCCCUACAUCACCCUGCUAAAACCAGUCACCAAGAUCAAGCACAGUUCUAUAUAGGUGUAUUACUUUAAUAUCUAAAUUAUGAUAAUAUUUAAGAGACUGUCCUAUUUAUGAAACUGCAGAUAUGCAUGCAGAAUACUCUUAUAUCUGAACUAAGAUAUUUAUAGAGUCUAUUUCUAAAGAUACAGAAAUGUAUGCAGAGGAAAAAACUAGUCAAAUAUCAUUAGGGAAGUUCAGUAUUUCUACAACAUUUACGCACUUCUUUCUAUAUUUCUCUACGUUCAUGAAAUCAAAACUGUUGCAAGCAUGAGACUGAUAUAUGGUUCUCAAUAUUUCUGCAUAAUUUGAAAAGUCCAGAAGCUGUUGCUCAAGUUGGAGUCUUAAUACUUUCUACAGUGUGUGUGUGUGUGUGUGAGGGAGAGAGAGAGAUUGUAUAGUUGGGUAAUUUUCACGCAAGAUUAAGGCAUAAGAAAUACUGUUUAGAGCUGAGUGAACAAAGUGGUUAAUUUGCAAUGAGUGGAAUUAUAAGUAUGCUAUAUAUUGUUUGCCAUAUUUACCAACUGCUCAAUUGUUUUGGGAGUUCAUUGUGGAUUUGUUUUGCCAAAUGUCUUCUUUAGUGUUUUGUUACAUAGUUUACUGGUGGAAGAAAAGAUUUAAAACAUUGUACUGGCAAAAACAGGAAACAGCUGCAUGUGUAUUAACUAUAUGAACAUAUAAUAAGGAGAUUGAAGACACUAAAAACAGCCAUUUACAGAAGGUAAUAUAUUUAAAGAAGUUAUCAUAUAUAAAAAACUAAAGUCAUUCAUGCAAGCAUGCAAUUUUCA